CUGAGGCACUGCAGAAAGUGGGUCUGAGCCUCGAGGAUGACGGUGCUGCAGGAACCCGUCCAGGCUGCUAUAUGGCAAGCACUAAACCACUAUGCUUACCGAGAUGGGGUUUUCCUCGCAGAACACCUUUAUGCAGAAGUACACUCAGAAGAAGCCAUGUUUUUACUGGCGACCUGUUCUUACCGCCCAGGAAAGGCCUAUAAAGCAUAUAGACUCUUGAAAGGACACAGUUGUCCUACACCGCAAUGCAAAUACCUGCUUGCAAAAUGUUGUGUUGAUCUCAGCAAGCUUGCAGAAGGGGAACAAAUCUUAUCUGGUGGAGUGUUUAAUAAGCAGAAAAGUCAUGAUGAUAUUGUUACUGAGUUUGGUGAUUCAGCUUGCUUUCCCCUUCCAUUGUUGGGACAUGUAUAUUGCAAGACAGAUCGGCUUGCCAAAGGAUCAGAAUGCUACCAAAAGUCUUAGUUUAAAUCCUUUCCUCUGGUAUCCCUUUGAAUCAUUAUGUGAAAUAGGUGAAAAGCCAGAUCCUGACCAAACGUUUAAAUUCACGUCUUUACAGAACUUUAGCAACUGUCUGCCCAACUCUUGCACAACACAAGUACCUAAUCAUAGUUUAUGUCACAGACAGCCUGAGACCAUUCUUACGGAAACACCCGAGGACACAACUGAAUUAAACAGAUUGAAUUUAGAAUCUUCCAAUUCAAAGUAUUCCUUGAAUACA